AAGUAAUCAUAUAUUGUACGAAGUAAAACGAAUUUAAACCAAAGCUGGUUUUGCUUCUCACACUAUCUGCUUUCGUAAACAAAAUAAUAAAAAAGGGAAAAACUUGUGUGCCGUUGAGGUUUCAUGCUGUUGCCAAAUUUUGAGUUUAACGAAAAUGGCGCAGGUGAAUGAACGAAAGCUGCUGCUUCAACUUGUACUCUUCGUUAUAUGCAUUUGCGCAUGCGUAUUCGAUGCAACCGAGGCUAAACGAUUAAAUGCAAACCUAACAGCUUGCCAACAUUUGCGUCGUGUUGAGACGAGACGUGCCAAGGCCCUCUAUCCAAAUGAAAAAGAUGUCGCCCUUCGUAUCCCUAGAUGUAACAAAAAUGGGGAGUUUGAAAAGAUCCAGUGUAGGAACGAGAGAGCCGAUUUAGACUGUUGGUGUAUCGAUGAGUACGGCAUGGAAAUACCAGGUACGCGUAAUGAGACGAAGUCUAGCGUACGCUGCGCCGAACCAGCGCAUUGCCCGGCUUCUGCAUGCCGUAUGUUCUGUCCAGCUGGUUUCGCACGUGAUCCUAAGACUGGAUGUAGUGUCUGUCGUUGUCGUGAUCCUUGCGAAGGUAUACUUUGUCCCAAUGGCCAAUCGUGCCAGUCACAAGAAGUGAAAUGCAAAAUCGAACCAUGUCCGCCGGUGCCUACUUGUAAAAAAGCACGUUCUAUAUCUACAUACUGUCUAGCUGGAACGCCACUCGCCAUUGAGGGUAGCAUUCGGCCAUUCCUUUGUGGUAACGAAGUGGGAAAACCACAAUGUCCGCCGCUUUAUCGGUGCAUGGUUGAAGCGGGUAAUGAAUAUGGAGUAUGUUGUCCCAGCUCAAUGAAAUUCUCGAAACCCGGAAUAUGUCCAGCGCAAGAUAAAGUUGAUUACAGCGAGCGUACUGGCUACAUGUGCGGUUCACCAUGUAACAGCGAUCUGGAAUGCGGUAACAUGGAGAAAUGCUGUUUUACAAAGGGUUGCCAAUUUAACUGUCAACAGCCAUAUAAUGUGACCACAUGUCAUCAAGCGCGUGCGCUAUCGGAUAUUUUGUCAGUCAAUGAACGCGAAGGUCGUGGCUAUCAACCAGAUUGUAAUGGCCCCGGUGGGCUAUUCUCACCGCGCCAGUGCUCGCGUAAUGGGCUAGUGUGUUGGUGUGUUGAUCCACGUACUGGUCAUAAAAUUCAAGGCACAAUGGGACCCGCAAAUGAUGUUAAUUGCGAUGGAUGGGAGAAUAUGAUAAGUCAUUCGCUGGCUAGAAGCUUUAAUAUGGAAAAAUGUGACACGAAUAUUUGCGCCGCUGUAUGUGAAUAUGGCUUCAAGAAUGAUCACAAUGGCUGCCCUUCAUGCGAGUGCUCAGAGCCUUGUGAGGGCUUUAAAUGCACCAUCGGUUCGCACUGCGAGGUUGCCACAGACCCAUUGUGUGAAUCUGGUUCGGCGUUAUGUGCCUCCUGGCCUGUUUGUAAACCUGACUUGGUCUAUUCGAACCCCUGCGACGUGGGUGCGCCAUUAGCAGAUAAUGUGACUGGUGAAGUAAUCUAUUGUUUUGAAGAACGCCAAUCUCGAGCAUUUCAACCAACAGCCUUCUUUGAACCUGGACCGGAAUUGAAACAGUCACGUGCUAUGUCUAGCCGCAUUAUGUGUCCGGAUAACUAUAGAUGUGUGAAAUUACCUCACGAUACGGAAAGUGUUUGUUGUCCACUCCCAGAAGAGAUCGCGGCCAUGGAAGGACAUUCGGCUCACCAACAAACCAUGUGCGAAUAUCUAAGAGACUUUUCCGAGCGUAUGGAGGGUACUGAAGAAGGCAUGCAACUGGCUAUACCGGCCCCACGCUGCACCGACGACGGCAACUAUUUGGAGCGACAAUGUACCAUGAAGAAAAUACGUGUUACUCGUGCUGAGCAACGUAAGAUUCUUGAGGAGAAUACCAUACGACGUAUGCGAAUGCUAUUGCAGAGCGCUAAUCAAAGACAGAAACGUGAAAAGCGGCAAGUGGAACGUUUAAAAUUAUACCGCGUCAACGACGACGCCCUAAAAGUGCACAUUGCCCCACCCAUGCAGAGUCGUAAUGCUAAAGUGAUUGAUGUCGGUGCCGAUCGUGUGCAAAGUUUGGGUAAACUUUUUGAAGUGGAAUUCAAGAAAGUGCUGCCAGCACCAAAGCAGUCUUUGUCCGACAAUGAACUCGUGGAUAUCGAAGUUGAGGAAUGCUGGUGUGUCGACAGUUUUGGCACUGAAAUACCAAAUUCACGUGGAUUUAACUUAACUGACAACGAUUGCAUGAAUAUUCGAGAAUCCAUUGAUUGUUUGGACCUAACUUGUCGUAUGGGAUGUGAGUACGGUUUCACAUUGGAUCCCAAUACACGUUGUCCCGCCUGCCAAUGUCGUGACCCAUGUGAGAGUAUCGUCUGUGGAGAUGGCAAAGAAUGUCGCAUUGUCGAUGUCUCCUGCGAUGAAGAGUACUGCCCACCAGUGCCGGCGUGUUUACCACGCAAACCCGGCCAAUGCCCAUUCCUAGUGCCACCUGGUCCUGACAAUCUGGACGCCAAUACUUGUGCUUACGAAUGUCGCACAGACUCACACUGUGAUGGACACAAACGCUGUUGUUCGAAUGGCUGUGGCACCCAGUGCGUGCUACCUCAAAUGAAAACAGCCUGUCAACACCUACACACUAUACAGAUGCACCAAGCUUCCGAGCUUGGUAUUCCGGCAAUGAAAAUGCAUAUUGCUCAAUGUGACGCGCACACUGGCAAAUGGAAUCAAGUACAGUGCUCACCGGAUGGCUUUUGUUGGUGCGUUGACGAGAAUGGCUGGGUGUUAAGUGGCACACGAGUCAAAGGAUCAGCGCCGAUAUGUAAGAUGAAUUCAACAGCCGCAUGUGCGGAAUCGCAAUGCGAUAAGAAAUGUGAAGCCGGAUACAAAAUCGAUCAAAAUGGGUGUGCAGUUUGUGAGUGUAGAGAUUUUUGCGAUGAAAUCAAUUGUUCGAAUGACGAGGAAUGCCAACUGAUAAAUGUGGAGUGUAUUGAUUCGCCGUGUCCGAAAAUGCCCAUUUGUGUGCCACGCAGGGUAUCAGUUUGUCCCGAAGGUAGUCCGCUGAAGCAAGGCGAUCUUGAGGUGAGUUGUGGACCGCACAACGACAACGAGGCAUGCCCUACUACACACACUUGCCAAUUGAAUCCAGUGACACAUCGUGGAGUCUGUUGUUCAAAAACAAGAGAUGUAUGCUUUGAGUCUAUGGACAAUGCUUGCUUAGGUAAAGUGCUGUCUGAGCGGAACGUAACUCGAUACCGCUUCAGCCCCAAAUCUAAUAAAUGUGUAACUGUCACAAUUGAUCUUGAUGCGAGUACGUGCCAAACGAAGAAUCUAUUUCACAGCGAGUUGGCUUGCAAUUCAGUGUGCCCAGUUCUAACUUCAUGUGAGCGUCUCAAGCUGAAAAACAGCUUAGCUGCGCAACAUUCUGGCUACACAUCAGUCUGGUUUCAACCACGCUGUGACCCCGUCACUGGUCAUUGGAGUCCAGUGCAAUGCUUAGGAGCGCAACCAUCUCUGAAUGACGAGUCAACUCCUCGAACAAAGGAACUACGACGCGCUUUAAAACAACGUCCCAUUAAGACCUCCUCCUCAACAAACGGAGUUUGCUGGUGUGCCGAUAAGAAAGGAGCACCGCUGAAAGGUACACUCACAAGAGAUGUGGAGCCCAUUUGUAACAGCCGCCAGGGCCGUCAAAGUAAAGCAUUCAAUGUUGACGAUCAUUUGAUGGAGGAACUAAUCAGGCAAAUGACAACAAUGGUCGAUAUUGAGGAGUAUAACAUUGAGGCAAAAUCUCUAGACAUAAACAUCGAUACCGAAGAGAAUAGUGGUCGAAAUCGUGUUGGAAAACGGCUAAAUGACAACAUGGCAGUUGAGAGUGAACAUCAUCAAAUACCAGCCAAUCGAAAAGAAGAAGUUACAGCCGUUCCAAAUACUGCAGCUGAAGCGUACGUUACUGAGCAUAUACUGGAAUUAGCGAAUUCAUUAUUGGACUCUCAGUUGAGUAUCGAAGCUCUGAAGCCCAUGCCGGUGGAAACGACUCGUUGUCGUGCUCUCGCCGAAACCGCGCCCUUCCCCGUGUCUUGUGAUGAAGAGGGCGCAUUCCUGCCAACCCAAUGCAAUAGCAAAACUUGUUGGUGUGUCGAUGCGGCAGGCAAUCAAAUGGAUACAUCUAACAUGUUUCGGCAGGGUACACAUCAUUGCGCGGAGACCCCAAUCGCAUCAGUGGCGAUCGAAUUGCACAUGGUAAAUCGCACAAAUAGAAAUAUUCGAAAUGCCUAUGACACCAUACGUAGAGAGCUGUACCAAUUGCUCGGCGAUGCUGUGGAGAAUUUACGCGUACAAGAAAAUUUCGACGGAUCUGUAAUUGUGCGUUUUGAACUUCACAAUGAGGCGAAAAUCGAUCUGGCCUUCGCCAUUGAAUCGGCCAUAAAUGCGAAUCGAUUCAAUUUAGUGGGUGGGCAUUUCACACCCGACAUUACGCGCUCGCAUUUCAUACACCGCAGCGUGAGUUCGCCUGUUACAACUGCGGUUUCCCACGAAAGUACGAUUCAGUUGGUUUUAUUCAUUAUGGCAACCAGUUCGGCGUUUCUAGUCAGCAUCUUCGUGGUGUAUGUUAUGCUAAAACGAGGCAAACGAACAAAAGUUCUAACCGACCAUUAUGGCUAUCCCGUUUAUCCAGCUGAAACUGGUACCAAAACCUUAGGCGGUGGCGAUAAAGCAGUGGAUUUUACUGCACCGAUAUUUGUGUUGAGCACUCACGAACAUGAUUUGGAGAGCUCGUCAAAACAGGAAGCGCUGUAAUUUAUAAAAUCAAUUUUUGUUAUUUAUUUUGUUUUUGACUAUUUGCGGGUGACGCUCUGGUCGCUACAUAAAAGGGCUACCAGAAGUUAGCUAAUCGUUAUUUAUGUUAUUUUUUUGCGAAAUGGAUCAACUUUGUAUUUGAUAAACAUCAGCAAAUUAAAUUUUUCCAAAAGAAAAAAUAACUUUAAAAAUCUGGCAUUUUUCGUGGGCGAAUCAUAAAAUAUCCGCACACUUCGGCGUACGGUGUGGCCCAGAGUGUGCCUGGCGUUGAUUGAUUGUAUUUGUUAAUUUUAUUUCUGUUCUACGCUGCAGAUUUUGUGCAUAGAUGCCCAUAACAGUGGCGAGAUAGUAUUAAAAUAAUUAUUGUUUUAGAAGUUGUAAAUAUUAUUCAUUUAUACAUUAUUUACUUUUUUUUAGCGAUUUCACAUGCAUACAUACCUAUGUACAUAUUGGUUAUUUUAUUAUAUGUAUUUGUAUUUAUUUCUAAUUAUUUAUAAAGUGCUGACAAAUUGUAAUAUGACUAGAUUUUUUAAGAC